AUGCAUUCACUCGCCUCCGACAGAUGGCACUUCGGCACAGUGGCCUGCAAGCUCAUGCACUUCCUGGUGAACGUCAGCGCGUACGUGACUGUGUACACACUGGUCCUCGUGACAGUUGUACGCUACCUGACCGUUGUGCAUAACGCGAAAACAUCUCGUUUUCGCACGCGCCCCAUCACCACUUGCUUGAUAGGCGCCAUCUGGGUCGUCGCUUGCAUCGCCAAUUCAUUCAUCUUCGUUGCCUACGGGACUUUCAGCGAAGACAGAACGCCCGACGUGAUCAGCUGCGACCUGUACGAUGGGAACAACGGGAAGCCGAUGUACGCGUUGUUCUUUCUACUUGCCUAUUUACUACCACUUGUGAUUAUUGCGUUACUCUCGCUCGGGAUCCGCAGACAGAUGGUGAAAAAUCGACCGACAACUCACGCCGCAGCUCUGCGUAAGAUGCGCUCGGCUCGUCGCAAGAAACAAAUUGGUCGCUUGUUGAUAUCUGUCGUGAUCUUGUUUGCCGUGUCCUGGCUGCCGAUUCACAUUCACCUCUUAGUUGCUUACUUCGGCGAAAUAUCGACCAGUGAUAUUUACAGACUGCUGACGUUCUUCUGGUACUGCCUGGCCUACGCCAACUCCUGCGUCAACCCCAUCGUGUAUAACUGCGCGUCGAAAGAUUUCAGGAUCGCUUUCAAAGAAUCCGUCGUCUGC